AUGCUCUUUCUAUUGCCAGCAUUGCCUACGUAUGAUCGUGCGGCUAUGCAAUUCAGGAUAAUUGAAUUACAAGUAGGUAAUACAGGCGGUGGGAUCUGUUGGUUGGUAAAUGUCUUGCGAACGGCCAACAAUCAUUAA